GUUUUGCUUGUAUGUGCUGGCACCAAACAACGCUUUACAAGCCAAUCUUUUAGCUCGCUACGUGUAUACGAUCACAACCAUUGAGCAUUUGGAUCUCCAUUGGCGUUAUUCAAGACAAGCUACAUUGUUUGUGCUCCGAAAUCCAAGCUUUUAUGUGCUAUUGUGUAGGUUUUUUGUGAGUCAUCAACUGAACUAGUAUUGAAGUAUAAUGCUUGCUAUGUACAGCGGACAACCUCUAACCAGAAGCAAUUCUUAUCAAGGGAAUAACGUAUUCUCAUCCUCUGGAAAUCAUCAUCAUGGAACCACAACCCAUCAGCACCAUGAUCGGUACCAGGUUGGAAAAGAGUCCACCAAUCCGAACUACAGACACUCCAAGCCUCCGGUCGGUCUCCCUACCCUGAAGCCGACCACUCACCAACAAACUUCACAAUACAGCAGUAUACCUGACCACCACCAUCAAUCUUCAUACACAUUGCCCAAAAUUACUGGUGUUCAAGUGCAACAAUUGUUCGAGAGUGAAUCAAGCAAACCCGUAGUGAAUGGAUCUGUGAGACAACCUCGAACUGGAGCUCCUAGUGAACCUCUACCUCCCGUCAAUGAUCGACCUCUCACUGCUUCUCGUACUCCAAGUGCUGAUACUAUUGGAUCCUCAAGAGCUACUGCUGCCUCUGUGCACAAACCAAAGCACCUAACCCCUGAGCAAGCCGUAAAACUCUAUAGUAGCAAACUGAGUGUAGUGGAGCAACAGGAGAUUCCUGAGUAUAGUCAAGUGUAUUUUGUUGGCCAGCAUGCAAAGAAACGUCAAGGAAUUCCUGGAGGACCGAACAACAGUGGCUUUGAUGAUGACGCUGGUUCUUAUCAAAUGGUGCCGCAUGACCAUAUUGCGUACAGAUACGAGGUUUUGAAGGUAUUGGGCAAAGGAAGCUUUGGUCAAGUUCUGAAGGUGUACGAUCACAAAACACAGCAGCAUAUUGCUCUGAAAAUUGUGAGAAAUGAGAAGCGAUUCCAUAAACAAGCAGUUGAAGAGAUUCGGAUUUUGGAACACUUAAAGAAACAAGACAAGGACAAUACCCACAACAUUGUACAUUUGUAUGACCACUUCAAUUUCAGGAAUCAUGUGUGCAUCACAUUUGAGCUGCUCAGCAUGAAUCUGUACGAGCUGAUUAAAAAGAACAAGUUCCAGGGUUUCAGUUUGGCACUGGUUCGAAAAUUUGCCCACUCUAUCCUGAUGUGCCUUGAUGCCCUCUAUCGCAACAGAAUCAUCCACUGUGAUCUGAAGCCUGAGAACAUCCUUCUGAAGCAGCCUGGCCGAAGUGGAGUGAAGGUGAUCGACUAUGGAUCAAGUUGUUAUGAGCACCAGAGAAUCUACACUUACAUUCAAAGCCGAUUCUACAGAGCACCAGAAGUGAUACUCGGAGGAAAAUAUGGAAUGCCCAUUGACAUGUGGAGUUUUGGAUGUAUUUUGGCAGAGUUGCUCACUGGCUACCCACUCUUCCCUGGUGAGGACGAAGGUGAUCAGCUCGGAACUAUGAUGGAAGUUCUAGGAUUGCCCCCUCAAAAACUACUCGAUAAUUGCAAGCGAAUGAGGAUGUUUUUCAGCUCAAAAGGACACCCACGAUAUUGCACUGCUUCACAGAAUCCAGAUGGUUCGAUUUCAUAUGCUGGAGGACGAUCAAGAAGAGGGAAAUAUCGAGGCCCACCAAAUAGCAAGGAACUGAGCAGAGCACUUCGUGGCUGUGACGAUCCCCUAUUCCUUGACUUCCUAGGGCGAUGUCUAGAGUGGGAUCCAGCAGCACGCAUGACCCCUCCACAAGCUCUACGACACGGGUGGUUGAGAAGAAGACUACCAAAGGCACCAGCUGAAGCAGGUGGCCAUAGUCUCAGUCAAGACCCACGUAGCCAAGGGGUAUCACAUUUUACAUCUACCGCUGGAAAAUCUACGACCUCUCGAAAGCAAGAUGGCAAGCUAACGACUGCAUCAACAACCAAACUAAAUAGUGACCAGUCUAGAACAGUUUUACCAAAGAUAGUUGGUAGAUAGCAAUAUUUUUUUGUCGUCCAGAUCAGUAUAUACAUGGUAUGAAUUCAUCAUCUAUGUUUUGUCCUCAGUUUUUUAUUCUCAUUUUUCUGUGAGCAUUAUUUUAUGCUAUUAUAAUUAUGACAUUAAUAAGUGG